AUGUUGCUUCCAGACAAAAAAGACUCUGUACUGCAGUGGAAGCACUUGCAGCUGGUGUCUGAGUUCAUGGACGGGCUCCACAAGAAUUCGAUCCGGCACAACUUGUCUCUCCACAGCCGAUUCGUCAGGGUGCAGAAUGAAGGCACUGGGAAAAGCUCUUGGUGGAUGAUCAAUCCAGAUGGUGGAAAAGGUGGCAAGGCGCCCCGGAGACGCGCUGUGUCGAUGGACAACAGCAACAAGUACACGAAGAGCAGGGGGCGGGCGGCUAAGAAAAAGGCAGCACUGCAGACCGCCCAGGAGACAAGCGAGGACAGCCCUUCUCAGCUCUCCAAGUGGCCGGGGAGUCCUACCUCCCGCAGCAGCGACGAGCUGGAUGCAUGGACAGAUUUUCGCUCCCGUACAAAUUCAAAUGCCAGUACGAUCAGUGGCCGCUUGUCACCGAUUUUGGCAAGCACUGAACUAGAUGAUGUUCAAGAUGACGAUGCUCCGCUUUCUCCCAUGCUGUACAGUAGUCCAUCGAGCUUGUCCCCAUCAGUAAACAAACCGUGUACUGUGGAGUUGCCUAGAUUGACUGAUAUGGCUGGGACAAUGAAUUUGAACGAUGGACUGACAGAUAACCUCAUGGAUGAUCUCCUGGACAAUAUAACACUCCCUCCCUCCCAGCAGUCACCCACAGGAGGGAUAAUGCAGAGAAGCUCCAGUUUUCCGUAUGGUUCCAAAGGUUCAGGACUGGGUUCCCCGUCAAGUAGUUUCAACAACGCGGUGUUCGGGCCAUCGUCCCUGAAUUCCCUCCGCCAGUCGCCCAUGCAGACCAUUCAGGAGAACAAGCAGGCCACCUUCUCUUCCAUUUCUCAUUACAACAACCAGACGCUGCAGGAUCUCCUUGCCUCUGAUGCACUUAGUCAUAGCGAUGUCAUGAUGACACAGUCUGACCCACUCAUGUCACAAGCCAGCACAGCUGUGUCCGCCCAGAAUUCCCGCAGGAAUAUAAUGCUCCGCAACGACCCCAUGAUGUCGUUUGCUGCACAGUCCAGCCAGGGCGGUCUGGUCAAUCAGAGCCUGCCUCAUCACCAGCACCAGUCCCACAACUCCUCUCUUAGUGGCAGCCGUGCCUUGUCCAGUUCCAUCAGUAACAUAGGCUUGAGUGACUCGAACAGCUUGGGAUCUACCAAACAUCAGUCACCUGUCAAUCAGUCUAUGCAAACACUUUCUGACCCGCUCUCAGGCUCCUCUUUGUACUCCUCCAGUGUGAACCUCCCGGUCAUGGGACACGAGAAAUUCCCAAGUGACUUGGACCUGGAUAUUUUCAAUGGGAGCUUGGAGUGUGACAUGGAGUCCAUUAUCCGCAGUGAACUCAUGGAUGCAGAUGGACUGGAUUUUAACUUUGAUUCCCUCAUCUCAGCUCAGAAUGUUGUCAGUCUGAAUGUGGGGAACUUCACUGGUGCUAAACAGGCUUCAUCACAGAGUUGGGUACCAGGCUGAAGGAUCUUUGAGAACAGGGAAAAUGGGCAAAC